AUGGACGACUCCUGCUCGACAGUUCAGGCCAGCUUGUUUUUCCUGACGCCGGACGAACUGCACAAGCAACAGCGGCCCUAUACGUUUAAAUUCCCACCCUACAAUGGCUGCCCCCAGAGCAACAUGACACAUGAAAAAAUAAACGGUAUUACCGUCGAGAAUAUGCGGGGACGGGAAGAUCAAUUUCAGCUCGAGCGCAAUGGCUUCACCAUUCUCAAGGUCAACACUGGCCUCGAGUAUGACGAUUUUUUCAAGCAGAAGGAGGUCACACAGUACCUUCACUUGAUGGAAGGAGUGCUGAAAGCUCAUCUUGGUGCUAGUCGGAUACGAAAGCGACACCCUAUGUAUCCAGUAUCAGACGGAACGGCGUAUGAGUAUGACCAGCCAACAACAGUGGUUCAUGUAGGUAAGAUUGCACAACUGUUUGUCCUUUUUAAGUCCGGUCGCCCAACUGUAACUAUAGACACAAGCCGCGAAGGGACUAUAGAUGAGAUACGGCGCCAGUACGGGAAAGAGGCAGAUGGCCUCCUGAAGAAGCGAUUCCAGUGGAUCAAGUAA